CAGAUUACCGCUAAGACUUACCUUGACUCUUGCACUUUUUUAUCUAAUCCGUCUGGCUUUAUGAUACUUAGAUUUGUUGUAAUUUUUGUGACUUGGAAUAGUGGUUUGAUGGAGACGGUUCAUAUCAAUGUAGCAAGCGCUGUCAAAGAUUUAUUGAAGGAUGCGUUGGUAUCCCCGACAUUCGCUGAUGUUUCAUUGUGCUGUUCGGGAGGAAAAAAAUUUUUAGCGCAUCGAUUAGUGCUAUCUGCUGCCAGUCCGUAUCUUCGUGAAGUUCUUUCGGCACACGGAAAAAUAGCAGGUCAAUGUGAACCGAUUACAAUGAUAUUAGCAGAGGUCGAGGGCAAUGAUCUAGCUUCAAUCUUAGGAUUUCUCUACACUGGAAGUGUCGCGGUGCCUCAAGCGAGAUUAGAAGCUUUCUCAAGUACUGCAGAUGCUCUUAAAAUUAGAAUACCUCCGUUACCACAUGCUUUGAAAGCUCAAACUUUAUCAGAUGCAAAAAAUAAUUCAAGCUAUAAAUCUUACGCUCAUGUAGAUCUACCAGAAGAUUAUUGUCAUCAACAAGUUGGUUUAAAUUUAAAAAUAAUAAACAAAACACAUUGUUUGCGUCGAUUACUUAUGUCACCACAUCAAGAAAUUUCAGAUAAUAAUAAUGUCAAUAGUAUUAAUUGCAAUAAGGAUAAUAAUUCAUUUAAUAAAUUAAAAUCGUAUGUAGCAAAUCGAGUUAUUGCUUCUCCGUGGUCGCAAUUAGUUCAACCAAAAUUUCAACCAAUCCUCAAGAAUAAAUCAUCGAAUUUUUCUGAUAACAUUCCGGCGAGUUUUUAUUCAUCUGAGUCUUUGCGCAUUCACCACGAGCCAACAAGUUCUUUCAACACCAGUACAACUACUGUAGGCGUUGAAAAAUUAUUUGUUACUCCUGUCAGUACGGAAGAAACUUAUAACAAUAAUUUAAAAACAUUAGAGACUGCUGUCACAAAAGACGAUAAUCAAUCUCGUGUCAAUUGCGACGAUAGAAUCACUCAAGAUGAAACAAUAAAUUUAUCUUCAAGAUUGCUGCUGGUAGCAGAAAAUAAUAACAGUCAAUUAAAUUAUGAUGAUAAUAAACUUGAUAAAGAACCGCUGAAUUGCUUAAAGGGCCAAGUUAGCCUUGGCGAAGUGGAUGAAUCCAAAUUGGGUACCGUUACAAGUCAUGAUGGUAACAAUAAUCGUAAUGACACUUCAGAUGCAACCGAAUUUAUUCCUAAACUUGUUUCGGAAAAUUUUAAAUGUAAAAACUGUGAAAAAAUUUUUACAUGUGAAAAAAUGCUCAAGGAUCACCGUAAAAGCCAUUUCAAAGAAAAACCUUUUCGCUGCGUCGAUUGCGGUAAAGAGUUUUCGCAACUUCGGAACUACAAGUACCACCGCAGCGUGCACGAAGGUACCGGAGAAUUUGCAGCAACUUGUCCUGAAUGCGGUAAAUCAUUCAAUGAUCGUGGAUACUUGGGCUCACAUAUGAAAAUUCAUCGGAAUAAAAAAGAAUACGCUUGCGACGAUUGCGGGAAGAGCUUUAAUCAACGUGUGGCGUACAAUAUGCACGUUCGUAUUCAUACAGGCGUUAAACCUCACCAUUGCGAGCAAUGUGGGAAGGAUUUCUCACGAAAAAUGCUCCUGAAGCAACACAUGAGGACACAUUCUGGAGAGCGCCCUUAUCAAUGUCACAUUUGUAAUAAAGCGUUUGCUGAUAAGUCCAACAUGACUCUUCACACACGGCUUCACUCUGGUUUGAAGCCUUAUCAAUGUGACAUUUGCUCCAAGGCCUUCACUAAAAAACAUCAUUUGAAGACACAUUUGAAUUAUCAUACUGGAAUUAAGCCCUAUGCUUGUCCUAAUUGUAAAUUAACAUUUUCACAAAGCAGUAAUAUGAGGACUCAUUAUAAAAAGUGUGUAAAUAAUGCAAAUAGUAAUACUGGAGCUAAAAAAAAAAGUAAUAGUUCUUCUCUUGAUGAAAAGAUUAAAAAUUAUGAUGGAUUUUUCAAAUGUAUUAACACCUCCUCACUCAGUCCGUGA